CUCCGUACAGGCAAUUCCGCAGUUUCCUGCACCCGACGAGAGUAGCGUGAGAUAUGUUCCUACUUCUGAUGUUGCGAUGGAGUGGUGGCCUGUGGAACUGGAGUUGGAACUUCAAACGCUGGCCACGGAACUGGCCUCUGAGACAUCCGAGAGCUCGGCAUCCUUUUCCCAUUUCGGAUCCCCCGGCCGGGACGUACGGGGAGUUCAGUCGCACGGGUCCGCUGUUGAGCGAGGCCGUUCGAGACUCACCAGUGGAAGUGCUGGGCGUGAGAAAGCUUCCUCUAAAGCCGCUGCAGGCAGUAGAGGUUCUCGUUCAUACAGCGGGGUUUCUGCAGGGACGAGUAGCAGACACGUCACGUUAGGGGAUGCCAUGCCUUCGUUCCGAGAUGUGGGGACAGUGAGUGCAGUCAGCGGAUCGGACGUACCGGGUAGUGUGGCAUCACACCCGGGGUAUCUCGGACUUCAGGAACGAGGAGUGUUCCGACGACAUCGAACGGGACGGCUACAUGUUGCUACAUUCCAUCCGCUGACGAUUGCGCCAUCGCCGCCGCAAUCAAGUGGGCCACUGCGGGAGCGUGGUGGCAUUUCAGCUGGGACAUUGUCGCCCUCGGCGUUCACUGCAGACUCGGCCGAGCCCAGUGGGACCUCGAGCUCUGAGAGAGUUGACUAAUGCGAAGUUUUGUUCUCGUCAGGACGCCCCCGUCGCAGCACGUGCCGGGCUGGCGUCCACCAGGACUCGAUAGGCUGUGGAAUAACUGGCCAGGCAUCGCAUGCACGUCUUAUUGGAAGUGAGUCGUUGUCGCUCCGAGCGACAGCAAGGGGCGACACAACAGGGCAGAGCGCACAGGCGCAGCAGCCCGAGAGGUAAUUAAAUAGCAAAUAGUGGACGACUCAUUUGACAGCCACAGCGUAGGUAAAGUCUGUAGUGGCCCGCGAAAUACAGGAAAUUCGAGAGGAGACAAACGGUGAGGGUCUGGAGCAGACCGUGGCUCGAAUGUGACGGUCACCUGUCAGAGUAAGGACAGGGCGUCCAGAUCGGUCAUUUUGUUUCUCACGUCUCUGUCAUGGCAAUGCUUGUGGCUCUAACAGCUUCACGAACGCUGUUCGCGCCUUAGUAUUGUUUCCUCGCCACACGUUGGCAAACCCAAAGCAGACCGCCAGUGGACGUAGAGUCUCCUUUCGGCGGGCGAAAAACAGUUACGAUUGAAGUCGUAUAUGGACAGGAAUCAGUGUGCCGACCUGGGAUACUGUGAUACCUGGCUGGACCUAGAUUUUUAUUCUUUACCGGAAGAGCAUAUCUCUCAAGCACCCGUAUGUGCAGGGCAAACGCUGUUGCACGUGAGUCUCACUCACACUGGAAAUCGAAAGCCGCCGCACCACAAUUGUGGGAUCAGUGCUCGGUGUGGUGAACGGCUUCAGCUUUGUUACCAUGCAUGUUUGUUUGUCACGCGGCUAUCUCUGGGAGUUCGCAGUGUGCGCCGUGCAAAGAGAUAGCAUAGCAUUCAUUGACGUGACUUUUUGGAAGCGUUGUUCAACUACAAUUCGUUUCUUGGGAGGCGAUGCCUGGACAUGCGUACAAUGCUCGUCGCAUAGUGCUGCUCUGGCGAUGUCUGCAACCCUUCAGCUUCAGGAACGUGUAUGCUCGCCACGCUACGCGAUGCGUCUAUAUGCAGACCGCAAUGGGAUGCGAUUUGAACGCUCGAACUGCCCCCCCAACAUUCGUGACGCUCUUGCGCUCAAAAUCGCUUUGUCAGUC